UCAGCGCCCCUUCUUCCCACUCUACCCCUCCCCUCCUCCACCUCCCUCUCCCACCGUCUCGUCUUCUCUACCCACUUUUCCCGCCAAUAUUUCUUCCAUUCUUUCUCCUCCCCGCCACCGCUCUCCCGCCAAGCUCGCUCCCGCCAUCGCCUUCCCCCUCCUCGCCCUUGUUGUCGUAGCUCUUUCUCUAGGCCUCCUCCUCCAUCUCCGCCGCCACCGCCGCCGCGCCGCCGGCAAGGCGCCCGCUCCGACAGUCUCCGCCUCUUCCCCCCCAACUCCACCGCCUCUGACGGCCGCAAGCUCUCCUCCUCCUCCUCCUCCGCCCCCGCCGCCUCCGACUUCCUCUACCUGGGCACCCUCGUCAGCUCCCGAGGCCGCGCCGACGAGCCCGCCGCCCCCGCCGCCGCCGCAUGCGGUUCGCCGUACCGGAAACUCGGCUCCCCGGAGCUCCGCCCCCUUCCUCCCCUGCCUCGCCAGUGUCGGAAUGCCGACGGGGGCGGGGGCGGCGGUGCCGGAGGCUCCUCGGAGGAGGAGUUCUUUUCCCCCAAGGGUUCCCCCGGCCAGAAAGGGAGCCCCAGGGGACCGGCGUCGAGCUCCAGGAAGACCUUCGCGAUGGAGAAGUGUGCGUCUCGGAGCUCCACUCUGAGCUCGGCUUCGUACCCGUCCUCCAAUGUGGCAUCUUUGUCCUCUCCAUCGUCGCCCACCACUUCGUCGCCGCCCGUGGGCUUGAGCCCCGGGCGAUCCACCGUCAAGUCUCGGAGCUCUAGAGCUGAGAGUGUUGUGGUCGGAGAUGUUGGGCGCCGGUCGUCGCCGCCUCCUCCGGCACCGUCAUUGCUGCGGCCGCAGACCCCCUCGCCUCCAAAGCGAAAGCCGUCUUCCCCUUCCCCACCUUAUUCGCCACCGGCAGUGGAUACCGGUAGAAAGGCGGCAACUUUGGAGCUUCCGAGCCAAAAUUUGAUCUCUCCAAGAAGGAUAGGGGACUUUGCUAGAAAUCCAUUUGCUGUUAGUAUGCUACAGAGGCAAAUCUCACCACCGCCUCCACCUCCACCGCCGCCGGCUGGAUACUGGGAGGGUCAGAAUCCAAAGAUGCCGGCUUGCCAGCCUCCAGUUCUCAUGCCUCCCAGAACCAGUGGAGUGAGGAACUCAUCAGCCACUGUCUUCCCGGCCGGACCGCCGGAGAAUUUGAAUGGCAUGGAGAAGAGUCAGCAUAAUCUGCGCCCAAAGUUGAAGCCUUUGCAUUGGGAUAAGGUUCGGGCCAGUUCUGAUCGAGCAAUGGUGUGGGAUCAGUUGAAGUCGAGCUCAUUCCAGUUAAACGAGGAGAUGAUUGAGACAUUGUUUGUGUGCAACACAACUGACACGGCUUCGAAGGAAAUGAUGGGGGGGCGGCAGUUUGUUCCUUCAGUGAGCCCAGAGAACAGGAUCCUUGAUCCAAAGAAGUCUCAGAACAUUGCGAUUCUAUUGAAGGCACUGAAUGUGACUAAAGAGGAAGUAUGUGAAGCCCUCUUGGAAGGCAAUACAGUUAGCCUGGGCAAUGAACUUUUAGAAACGCUCAUGAAAAUGGCACCGAGCACAGAGGAGGAGCUUAAGUUGAAGGAAUACAAAAAUGAUUCCCAGCUCAAGCUUGAUUCAGCUGAACAAUUUCUCAAAGCAGUGCUUGAUAUACCAUUUGCAUUUAAGAGAGCGGAUGCAAUGCAUUACAUUGCCAAUUUUGAUUUGGAGGUUAAUUGCCUGUGGAAUUCAUUUAGAACCCUUGAGGCUGCCUGUGAAGAACUUAAGAAUAGCAGGAUGUUUCGCAAGCUUCUAGAGGCUGUUCUAAAGACUGGGAACCGCAUGAAUGUUGGUACGAACCGCGGGGAUGCACAUGCCUUCAAGCUUGACACACUUCUUAAGCUAGUUGAUGUAAAAGGCACUGAUGGCAAGACCACCCUUCUGCACUUUGUCGUCCAGGAAAUUAUAAGAGCUGAAGGCUCCCAUUUUACCUCUGCCAAUUCAUCAACCACCAAAAACCAGAUGAACACUCUGCGAGAUGAUCUUGAGUGCAGAAAGCUAGGCCUCCAAGUUGUUUCCCGGCUUGGGGAAGAGCUCACCAAUGUGAAGAAGGCAGCCUCUAUGGAUUCAGAUUUGCUUAGCAGCAAUGUUGCAAACCUUGCCGGAGGAAUCGGAAAAAUUUACGAGGUUUUGAGAUUGAAUGAUGCAUUGAGUUCAAAGGAGUGUGGUCAGCGAUUCCAUGAUGCUGUGAGACGGUUCUUGAGCAAAGCUGAGGAUGACAUAGUAAAGAUCCAAGACCAAGAAAGCAUUACAUUAUCAUUGGUGAAGGAGAUAACUGAAUACUUUCAUGGGGAUUCGGCGAAGGAGGAAGCUCACCCGUUCAGAAUUUUCAUGGUGGUAAGGGACUUCCUCACCAUUCUCGAUCGGGUUUGCAAAGAAGUUGCAAAAAUUAAUGAGCAUGCCAUCACAAGUACAGCACGCCAUGUGCCGGUGCUUGCGAACCCAACUGCAUUCUCUGGACUCAGUGCAAUGAGGUCUGGAAGUUCGGAUGAUGAGAGUUCAUCAUCAUUCUAGAAAAGGCUUUCAUGUAUUGAGGACUGGAACUUGUACCAUCAAGAGCUUGUUGUUCUCUGGUGCUAGAUGCUUCAGGCUGGCAGCUGGUGUUUCAUUCAGGUGAAGUUUUGGCUAGUUAUUGGCUGAAGGCCAGCCAGGGAUGUUGAUCAAAUGCUGUUUUCCUUAUUUCCUUUUUUGUACUGGUGGAAAUUAAUGUAGAACUUUUGGUUUCCUGAUGUAUAAUAUAUACUUAAGGGAA